AGGGCUCAGGUGGCGUGGCGGGCCGCGGCGGCAGGGCCCCUCGGCGGCGCUCGAUGGCCGCCCGUGCGGGAUGAUCGCAUGGCGCUCAGGACCAGGGCUGGACCCAAGAAACGGGGCGCACGUGGUGCAAGUUGCCUGUGGCGCAGAGCACGGGCUGCUGCUAACAACGAGGGUGUCGUGUACAGCUGGGGGAGUUUCCGGUCACCUGCUGGUAACUGCGGUCAGCUCGGUCGGGACGUGAAGGACCCGAAGAAUGCAGAGGAGCCGCGCCCGGUCCUGUUCCGGGGCAAGGACGUCUCGGAGGGGAGCAAGAGGGACAAGACCGACUCGGCAGAAUGGAGCAAGAGGGUGGAGAAGAUUUCGAGCCAAGAGGAGGUCAUCGUGCAGGUCGCCUGUGGGAGUCACCAUUGCCUGGCUCUUUCCCAGCACGGCACCCUGUACGCUUGGGGCAGCAACCACGCUGGCCAGCUUGGAGUGUCCGGGUUCCACUUGAGCCAUGCGCAGAGCCGAAAGAACGAGCAGUGGACGCCAGUCGUUGUGCACAGGUUUGGUGGUAAGGACGACAGCGAGCCCUUUGGGAAGAGGUGCCAGCGACAGGCACAGGGCUCCCUCGCCGUCAGGAGCUGCGGCUGCGGUCCCGAGAGCUCGACGUGCGUGACCGACGACGGUGAGGUCUACGUCUGGGGUCUGGGGCGCGGCAAGCCACUACCUUUUCACCGGUGGCGGUCACGCGUACGCCCGUGGCGAGCACUGUACCUUGCCCGUGAGGGUACGUGGGCUGCCUCGCGCGAUCGGGGCAGACUCUCUGAUCCCCUCGGAUGUGUCAGUGUAUAGGGAUCGUAUCGCUUGCGCGGUCGGGCAUCGGGACAUGGAGAAAGAGAUAAGCAGCCUCCAGAACUCGUUCAAGCACCGGUCUAAGCAGCUGGCCGCCCUGACGAAGAGCAAGAGGCGGGACGCCGCGAGUGCAGGCCAGGAUGGCGAGGCUGACGACCUGAGGCUGGAGGAGCUGCGGGAGCUGGACAAGGAGUUCGCGAAGACGGCCGCGGACAUGCACCAGCGCCUGGCAGCCAUCACCAGAGACUGGCAGCGAACGACGGCCGAGCUCGGCGACGUCGCCCGCGAGGUGGCCACGUGCGACCAGCAGGACCGGGCGCUCGCCGAGCGCUCCGGCGCCCUGCAGGCGGCCAUGCAGAAGGCGCACAACAGCUCGAACCCGCAGCUAGUUGGUGACCUCAAGGACGUCACCUACUUCAAGGAGUCCAACCGGCGGACGAAGCUGAGGUACGUGGAGAGGCGAGAGGAGCUGGACAGGCAGGAGCAGCACCUCGCGGAGGAGAAGCAGCUCGCGGAGCGGGAGAUCAAGCGGGUGGAGGGGCAGAGGAAGAUGAUCCGCCUCCUGCAGCGGGGCGAGCUCAGCUCGAAGAGCGCCGCCACCGCCGCGCUGGAGGCGGGCUUCAAGGCAGCCGCGCGCAAGCGGGCCGAGCUCGCGGCCUCCGACCCGGCCCUGCUCGCGGGGUCCGGGUGCUUCUCGGGGUUGACGGAGGUGCUGCAGGUCGCCGACUCCGCGGUGGACAGCACGUCGACCCGAUUGAGGGAGGUGACCACCGUGUCCGGCGGCGGCGCCAGCGUCGUCCUCGAGGAGACCCUGGAGGCCAUCGUGCGGCUCCGCACCGAGUGCAUCGCGCUCGCGCGCGCGCGCCUCUGGCGCCUGCAGCGCAGCGACCGCGCGCCCUCCCUCGCUCCCGUGCUGGGCGAUGACAGCGGCGCGGCGUCGCCGGGCGCCAGUGGCGUCGGGGCGUCAGCGCAGCCCAGCCACCGACACCAUCACCAUGCUCGACUACUUCUUCGAGGCGUCCGACCCGGCCCUCAGCCAGCCCAAAGACAUGUCGGGCUGGGGCCUGGCAGCCCUCGGCCUGUGACGGGGCCGCGGCGCCCCCACGCCUCGCUGGGCCCCACGCGCCCCCCCCCUUGGAUAUUCUGGAUUCAUCCUCACCCGAUUCUAUUCUCGUCCUGGCUUCGUCUUGCCCCUCUUGCCGCCGACCGUCCCGCGGCGCGAGCCCACUUUGCCGCCGCCUCCUCGCGCCGAGCGGCGUCGGCCCGCCGUCGCCCGCGGAAACGCGCCCGCGGGCGCGCGCGGGCCGUGCCCCCCUCGGCGCGGCGCGCUCGGCUGUCGGACGCGUCCGAGCGCGCGGCGAGGAGGGGCCGCGGCCGACGAGGAGGGCCCGGAGGGGCCAGGGCACCCCCCCCCUUUGGACGGACCCGAAGCGGAGGGAGGCACUUGCAUUCGUGCCCGGCCAGGGCCAUCCCCUGCCGCAGCAGGCGAGGGCGCGAGUGAGCCCCCUAGCGGCGUGGCGACCACACCGCACGGUGAGCC